CCCGGCUUUGACCUUGCCGCGCCCGUUACCAAAUCCGACGAAACCCACCGCCGUCGCCUCGCCGCCGCCGCCACCGCCAUCGCGCGCUGCCCUGCUCUCCCUGACUCCAUUGGUAGCCUCCGCGGAGGAGAAGGGGAGGCGGAGCCGGUGGGUGGCGGCGCCCUAGCCUUCCUCGAAACGGCGGCGCGAAGCCACCACCACCUCCACGGCGGAGGCGCUGCAGGCGGAGAAGGUGAUGGACGAGCCGGACGCUCCCGCCGCUCCUGCUCCAGUGGAGGGGGAGCCAAAGGGGAAGAAAUCCAAGUCAAACAAAGGAAAUAAGCAUAAGCAGCAGGAUUCCCUUUCUGCUGUAUCCGAUGCCAGUGCUGUUGUGACGCAUACAGAUUUGCCUGAUGAAUCUGGAAAUGGUUGCACGAGCGGGGAAGGUGCCACCACCUCCACAGCGCCGGCGCUAGAGGCAGAGAAGGUGGACAAGCGGGAGGCUCCUGCUGCAUCUGCUUCAGUGGAGGGGACGCAAAAGGGGAAGAAAUCAAAGGACAAGAAACGAAAGAAGCAUAAGCAGCAGGGUUCCCCAUCUGCUGUAUCCGAUGCCAGUGCUGUCGUGACGGAUACAGAUUUGGCCAAUGAAUCUGGAAACGGUUGCACGCAUGGGGAAGGUGUAUUACGAGAUGCUGAUGUUGCGAGUUCCAGAAGUGGCAAUGAUCUAACACCGGAUGUGGAUCGAACGCUGGGGAAGAGCAAGGCGUCGAAACGGCAAUGCGAUGCCACCACGUCCACAGCAGCAGCGCCGGAGGCAGAGGAGAUGGACGAGCGGGAGGCUCCUGCUGCUUCUGCUUCAGUGGAGGGGACACGAAAGGGGACACGAAAGGGGACGAAAUCAAAGGACAAGAAACGGAAGAAGCAUAAGCAGCAGGAAUCUCCUUCUGCUGUAUCCGAUGCCAGUGCUGUUGUGACGGAUACAGAUUUGUCUAAUGAACCUGGAAAUGGUUGCACGAGUGGGGAAGGCGCAUUACGAGCUGAUGAUGUUGUUGCGAGUAGUGGGCAUGAUCCAACACCAGAAAUGGAUCGAACGCCGGGAAAGAGCAAGACAUUGAAACAGCGGCGUGGCGGUGCCAUCUCCACGCUUGCGGUUCCGGAGGGGGAUAAGGAGGUGGAUGAGCAGGAGGCUCCUGGCGCCUCUGCUUCAGUGGAGGGGGCGGCACCAAAAGGGAAGAAAUCAAAGUCAAAAAAACAAAAGAAGCAAUCCCCUUCUGCUGUAUCUGAUGCCAGUGCUGUUGUGAUGGACACAGAUUUGGCCAAUGAAUCUGGAGGUGGUUGCAGGGGUGGGGAAGGUGCAUUACAAGAUGCUGAUGUUGUUGCGAUUCCCAGAGAUGGGCAAGAACCAAAAUGUCCUGAGGUAAACAGUGCUGAAGAUUUGGUGGCAGGAAAGAAAGGGAAUAAGGAUAAUAACUCCCAGCUCUGCAGCUCGUUGCAUGAGAGUUCUAUAGAAAGAAAAAGGAGAAAGAAUAGAGAUAGGCGGAGGAGAAAGAAGGAAAAUGCCAAUAGAAGGAGCAAUGUGCAGAAUCCUUCUUUGCUACCUGGUGCUGGUGAGGUUGUCUCGGUGGCAACAGCUGACAUGAAUAAUACUCCUGGCUCUAAAUGCAAGAAUCCUUCGCAACCUGUUGCUGACGAGGUUGGAUUGGUGAUGACAGCUGAUGGAAAUAUUUCUCUAGGCUCUGAAUGCAAGAAAUCAAACAAAAAGAUGAAGAGAAAUCAAACAAGUGUUCCUGAGGCACCCUCGGUGCAAAGGAUGGAUUUGGGUGAGACUGCUUCGGUUGGAGUGAUGGAUGGUGAAUGUGAAGUUCAAGCUGUCUUAUCCGAUUGCCAAAGUGCAAGGAGCGAUAGAUCAAAUAUAGCUCAGGCACACAAAGAGAAUUUUCGGCACAUCUACUCACCAAGAGGAUCAUUGAUAAGAUUUCGAAGGAAAAAACUUCUUAUUCUAGAUAUUAAUGGUUUGCUUGCGGAUAUCAAUCAGGACCACCACAAUGCUCACCUGUCACAUGCAAAGGUUCGGGGAAAAUUAGUCUUCACAAGACCCUACUGUGAUGAUUUUCUGAGAUUUUGCUUCGAGAACUUUGAGCUAGGGAUAUGGUCAUCGAGAUUGAAAGCAAAUGUGGAUUCGGUUGUAAAUAUCAUUAUGAAGAAGGAUAUGAAACAGUCCCUAUUAUUCUGUUGGGACAUGUCGAAAUGCACUGGUACUGGGUUUAAAACUCUUGAAAACAAAAACAAACCAUUAGUACUGAAGGAGCUAAAGAAACUGUGGAAUAAAGAGGAUCCUGAUCUUCCAUGGGAGCAAGAAGAGUUUUCACCUUCAAAUACAUUACUUGUGGAUGAUUCCCCUUACAAGGCUCUGGGCAAUCCGCCACACACUGCCAUUUUUCCUCACCCCUACAGCUAUCUUAACAAGAAAGAUGAUUCAUUGGGACCAGGUGGAGAUCUUCGGGUGUAUCUGGAGAACCUUGCUACUGCAGAUGAUGUUCAGCGCUAUGUACAGGAGCACCCAUUCGGUCAACCUUCCAUUACAAAGAGUGAUCGACAUUGGAAUUUCUAUGUGAAAAUACUUGAUAAACUGGAGAAGCCCUUUGCCUGAUGGCCCCGUUUGGUUCAGUCUGCUAAGCAUUGAGCAUUUGCAUGGGCAUGAAGUUUUUGACCCCUGGUUCUGUUUGCUCGCUUGACACACCUACCUGUAGCUACUUUUGUACUAGUUCCGUAGAGCCUUAGACAAUGGGGCAAUUGCCCAGUUUUGAUAGCUUGUUGUUUUGGUCCCUUCCUGUUCUGAACUAGUGAUGAGAUGGAAGAACGUAAUACCUGUUUGCCUGUAUUUCAGUCGCACGUACACUGAAUCAUUUAGUUUCCCGGCAUCAAGGGUAACAGGGUUGUAAUUGUUAGUUCCCAUUGGAAAAUUUUGGUGAACUAUUUGUUGUAACUUGUAAGAAUGUUUCAAGCUGUAACCUUUCUCCCUUGCACAAAGUGCUGUAAUCUUGUAACAAUCAUUGAACUCUCUGGUAACCUCAAUUCUGGCCAGGAACAGAACAAAAUAUUAUCAUUUUGAAUGUGAUUGGUUUGUCCAAA